AUGCCACCAAAAUCAAACAUCGAUGAUGAAGAAGAAGAGAGUGUCGAACAUUUCGAAUUUGUGUACGAUAGUGAAGAUCAAGAAAUUACAGAAGAAAUCAGACAAUCCGUGACAAAGUUGAUUGUGCGCGGGCCUAAUGUAAAGACUAUUAAAGAGGGGGGCUUCAAGGAAUGUGAAAAUCUAAAGGAAGUUGAUUUCACCGAGGCAACUGCGUUGGAAACGAUUGGAGAAUGGGCCUUUUUCAAGUGUCCUAUAUGUGAAAAUCUAAAGAAAGUUGAUUUUACCGAGGCAACUGCAUUGGAAACGAUUGGAGAACUAGCCUUUUGGAAGUGUCCUAGUCUCCUUGCUUUCAAGUGCCCAUCCAAUGUAACGUCUAUUGGAGAGAGCGCCUUUCAGGACUGCUCAAAGCUAAAGGAAGUUAAUUUCACUCAGGCAACUUCGUUACAAACGAUUGGAUUACACGCCUUUUUAAAUUGCGGUCGCCUCCUUACUUUCAAGUGCCCAUCCAAUGUCAAGACUAUUGGAGUGGAUGCCUUUGCUAUAUGUGAAAAUCUAAAGGAAGUUGACUUCACCGAGGCAAAUGCGCUGGAAACAAUUCAAGAACAAGCCUUUCGGAAGUGUCCUAGCCUCCUUGCUUUCAAAUAUCCAUGCAAUGUAACGGCUAUUGGUUAUGCUGCCUUUUCGGAAUGUGAAAAGCUAGAGGAAGUUGAUUUCACCAAAGCCACAGCUUUGGAAAGGAUUGGAUAUCGAGCCUUUUACAAGUGUCCUAGUCUCCUUGCUUUCAAUUGUCCAUCCAAUGUCAAGACUGUCGGACAAUAUGCCUUUCAGCAGUGUGAAAAUCUAAAGAAAGUUGAUUUCACCAAGGCAACUGCGUUGGAAACGAUUGAAUAUGGAGCCUUUACAGAUACUGGUCCUGAAAUGGUCUACGUCGCUCCCAACGUGACGGUUGUCGGAAAGAAUAUCCUCCAGAAUUGCCCGAAGCUCCAAUCCUUGAAGAUUCCUAGUGUAAAUCCAGCGAUUCACAUUCGAUUGUACACAGCACUCUACGAAGAUCAAAGAAAGAAUGUGUUCACUUUGGAUGAUAUAGUGAGUGUCUAUGCUUGCAAUCCAAUAAAGAAUUCCGAAUUGCUGGAGAACGUGGGUGACGAAAAAUCGAUUCUUGACCAAUUGAGAGCAAAGUAUAUUGGUUCCAUUGUCGAUGGUUCACGGCGUUUACUUUCGAUUCCCGACCGCAAUUGGUGGUUGCAAUUCUUGGUGAACAACGUGGGCGAUGGAACGGAUGACCCUGACAUGAGAACGUUAUUAGACCAUCUGAAAACUGUGGAUAUCAAAAGAGUCCGACAGCUCGCCGAGACCAAGGAUCAAUCCGGGCGUGUUGCAAAGUCAGUGGCAUCCAAACACAUCCAAAAAGUGUUUGAAGAACGAUAA